GUUACACAAACGACUCUAAAGUCGCCGCGGCUCUGUUAAUGUUGGCGGGAGCCGGGCGGGUGACCUGUCUGGUGCACUCGGCUGUGCGGUCCGGGCUGCGGGUGAUCGAGGGCGUUGCGGUGGAGUUCCGCGGCCCGUCGGCACGAUGCGGGUGGCUGUGGCCGGCUGCUGCCAUGGCGAGCUGGACAAGAUCUACGAGACUCUGGCGCUGGCGGAGCAGCGCGGCCCGGGACCGGUGGAUCUCCUUCUGUGCUGCGGCGACUUCCAGGCGGUGCGCAACGAGGCCGACCUGCGCUGCAUGGCCGUGCCGCCCAAGUACCGCCACAUGCAGACCUUCUACAGAUAUUACUCUGGAGAGAAAAAGGCCCCAGUUCUCACCAUCUUCAUUGGAGGAAACCAUGAAGCCUCAAACCAUUUGCAAGAGUUACCCUAUGGUGGCUGGGUAGCACCAAAUAUUUACUAUUUAGGUUUGGCUGGUGUAGUAAAAUACCGAGGUAUAAGGAUUGGUGGAAUCUCUGGCAUCUUUAAAUCUCAUGACUAUCGAAAAGGUCAUUUUGAGCGCCCCCCUUAUGAUUCAUCUACCAUAAGGAGUAUAUAUCAUGUGAGAAAUAUAGAGGUCUACAAGUUAAAACAGUUGAAGCAGCCUGUAGAUAUAUUCUUAUCUCAUGACUGGCCAAGAAGUAUAUAUCAUUAUGGAAAUAAGAAGCAGCUUCUUAAGACCAAAUCUUUUUUCCGCCAAGAAGUGGAAAAUAACACGCUAGGGAGUCCUGCUGCCUCGGAGCUCUUAGAACACCUCAAGCCUGCCUACUGGUUUUCUGCACACCUUCAUGUGAAAUUUGCAGCCUUGAUGCAGCAUCAGGCCGCAGAUAAAGAACAAGCAGGCAAAGCAACCAAGUUUUUAGCUUUGGACAAAUGUUUACCACACAGAGACUUUCUUCAGGUGUUAGAAGUAGAACAUGACCCCAGUGCUCCUGAGUACUUAGAGUAUGAUGUUGAAUGGCUUACUGUUCUCAGGGCCACUGAUGACCUGAUCAAUGUGACCCGGAACCUAUGGAAUAUGCCUGAAAAUAAUGGUCUGCAUACAAGGUGGGAUUAUAGUGCAACAGAAGAAGCUAUGAAAGAAGUGAUGGAAAAGCUGAACCAUGACCCCAAAGUCCCCUGUAACUUCAGCAUGACAGCUGCUUGUUAUGACCCUAGUAAGCCACAGACGCAAGUGCAGCUGGUUCACAGGAUCAAUCCGCAGACUACGGAAUUCUGUGCCCAGCUGGGCAUCACAGACAUUAACGUCAUACUUCAGAAGGUCAAGGUCAAGCCUUAUCUGUUUGGUGAAUAUGAAGAGCGGGGUGAUCCGGGGACCGAUGACUCUGAAGAAGACCGGAGUGAAUACAACACGGACACAUCUGCCGUGUCCUCCAUUAAUCCAGAUGAAAUCAUGCUGGAUGAUGAGGAGGAGGAAGUUGUAAGUGCUUGCAGUGACAUGAACACGCCUUCUGUAGAACCUUCUUCCGAUCAAGCUUCCGACUUCUCCACAAGCUUUUCCGACGUCAGGAACUUGCCAAGCUCCAUGUUCGUGUCUUCUGAUGAUCCGUCCCAUUCUCCGACGGUUAGGGAGGGGAAACCUGGGGAGACUGUGCAGUCUGCGGAUGAAAAGGACUUAACUGAGUUUCCACUGAAGAGGCUGAGUAAUGAACAUGAGCCUGAGCAAAGAAAGAGAAUUAAGAGGAGGAAUCAAGCCAUUUAUGCUGCAGCAGACGACGAUGAUGAUGAUGAUGACGACAGGGACUUGUCUUAGCGAUGUAUGUAGUAGGUGAUUUCAAGACCCUGUUUUUAGGGUUGAAUUUUUGAUUUAUUAUUGAACUUUGUAAUAAUGAAAUGAUGGAAUUUUAGUUCUCUAUCAACUUUGUUUUUAGGUGUAUGUUUCAGAUAUAAACUUAUUAAAAUUUCAUAUGAAAUUUGGUUGACCAUUUUUUGAAGACAUUCACUUCCAUUUUUGUCAGCACUUACUGUAUUUGAACUUCCGAGAAACUGUUCUCUAAGAAGGGACUAUGAAGAUAAACUAAGAUGGAUUUUGUAAAUGUUUGGAUGCAUAAAGCGUCACUUAAUUGCUGAAAUUAAUAUCCUGUUGGCUCUUGUGUAUUAUAUUUUAGCCUAAAUUUUUAUGUAACUGGUAGCUGUAUUAAAAGUUAUCCUGGCCCAGUGCAGUUUAGUAUUAAUUACCAACAAGAUUGUCUAAAUGCUGUCUCUUGCUGCAUGAUAGAUUGCUAGGAGUAAAGUAUUGUCAAAUGUCCAUGUCAAAUAACUCCACCCCGCUUGUUUCUAAAUUACCAUACCUGGGCUACCUGAGAUUACCUCUGGACUUGGGAACAGAAUCAUAGCUCCAAGGGUCUCCUCCUCAUCCCACUGCAGUCCAAAUCCAGGCAUUAGUUUAGGGAAAUCCUGAAGUGGUGGGCUUCCAUUCUGCCAGCAUUUGACGUCAAAGCUUUGGGACUUUGAAGCUUUUAUGUUUGUUCCCUUCCAUUUUUUUCAUUUAAAAGAUUAUUUUCUUAUUUACAUAAGGUAUUUGAAACUGAAUUUUCCCCAUUAGUUUGAAUUCCACAAAUUCAGAUCAUGGUUUUCUCCAGAAAAGUUUUUCUAACAAGAAAAAGAACACAUGUAUGCCUGAGGCAAUUUGUAGUAUUAAACUACCCCGAAUUUUUUUCUUUUUUCUUUUUUCUUUUUGGUUCUUAGAGACAGGGUUUUAUUGUAUAACAGCCUUGGCUGUCCUGGAACUCGCCUUGUAGACCAGGCUGGCCUCAGGAGAUCCACCUGCCUCUGCCACAGAGUGCUGGGAUUAAAGGCGUGUGCCACCAUGACCUAGCUCUUGAAAAUUCUUAAAGCAGAAAAUAGUUACAUAUAAGACAAAAUGCUAGAAUUAGUAGAUGUUGAUUCUAAAAAACAAAAUAAUGCUCUAGUUUUCCCGAAUCAAGAAAGAAUACAAAUGCAGGCUGUGCAGAUCUCAGACAAACAAGUUCCAGAUCAGCCAGGGCUAUGUAAAGAGACUGUCUCAAAAAAAUUUUAAGUAUGCAAAUACAAAGAUGCAAAAAUAUUAUAAUAUUGUCUAAACUUGGUAGAAAGUAUGGUUAGAAUUUCUUAGGAACAUAGGAUUUAUUGAUGUCAAUUGUAGUUGAAAUGGAGUAAAUACGAAAGUUAUCAGAAAAACGAUUCCCAUAAAGUACCUGGUGGCUUUGUGACAGCUUGUCCUGCCUGUUACCACAAAGGCCAAUGGGCAGAGACAAAUUGAAUCAUUUAGUUAUGUUCUAUUCAGGUGGUGGGCAAUCUGAAGACUGCGCUGUGUUCACACCCUAGGAAGAAUGAACCACAUUGUCUUGCACUUCCAGCCAGCAGGCUAUGUAAGGAGAGGCAAAGGGUCCAGAGCUUACACUCUCCUGUGGUCAGGUGGUCAGUCCUGUCCCUGACAUUCAUGGUGCUGGUGUCUCAUUGUCUGUACUUCUCACUUGUUAUUGUCCCUGGAACACCUAUGUUUGGACACUCCCAAGGACACUGAGUGGUUAGUGUCCACAGGUGGUAUCCUGUGUUCCUCCGAGUGCCACCUGGGCUUGAGGUUUAACUCAAUGAGCCAGCCAGCAGUGUGUGCCCAGUGAGCUGUUUAUGAUGUGUACAUGCAGAUUUUCUUCUGUAAUGAGUACAGGCCCUGUAGCGGAAUAGUCCAGUUUCCUCCGGAAAACGUUUAAAGCCAGCUAAUCUCUCCUGUUAAACAAACUGUUCCACAACAUUGAAAAAGAAUAGGUUCUUUUUAUGAAGCAAGUGUAAUGCCAAUGCCAAAUCUAAAGUAGAUGAUGUGAAAAAGUAACAACCUCACAAAAUGUCAGCAAGCCUUGGGGCUGGGGAGAUGGCUCGGCAGUUAAGCGCAUUGGCUGCUCUUCCAGAGGAUCUGGGUUUGAUCCUUGGCAUCUACAUGGAAGCUCACAACUGUCUGUAAUUCCAGUUCCAGGGGAUUUGAUACCCACUUCUGCCCCACUUGUGUAUCAUUCACACAUAUGGUACAGACAUACAUUCAAACAAAUACACAUGUACACAUAAAACAAUAAAAGUACAUUUAAAGAUGA